AUUUUGUGGCAAUCAACAAUACAAUGUGUUAUAAUUUACGCUUGUGAUGAAAUGAGAAAAUCAUGAAUUGAUGAAGUUGGGAAUUGAGGAAAACAAAUGAGUUUGGAUUAUAAGAGGUCGGAAACUAAAAUCUAAAAUACCCAUGUAUUAGUAAACACAAAAAAAAAAAAAGGAAUUAUAAUCCUUCAAAUACCCGAUUUUAAUAAGUAAACAUGUCAUAACACUAAAUCACUAAAAACAACAACAAAAAAGAAGUGAGGGAGGUAAGAAUAAAGCUUACUGUUGUAGUGCCUUUUUCAUUUCCCCCUCUACUUCUAGGAAAAUAGCAUAUAAUUGAUUCCGGGUUAAAACUGGCUUUGUUUUGUUUACCAAGAAUUUCCUCUGUUUUUUUUUUCAAGAACUUUUUAAGUGGGAGUUCAUAGCCUGUUUGCAGAAGCAGAAAUCUUCAAAAUUCACUCGGUACAUAUGACAAGACACCUUCUCUAUCUCUCUCUCUCUCUCUCUGUCUCUCUCUCUCUCUCCGCAAAACUCAGAAUACACAAAGAACAAGCAGAGCAAUAAUUGGCCCAAAACAACAACAUAUUUCAAGCUAGUCAAUCAAACCCUAUGAAACCAUGUUGGGUCUCAGAGAUAUCCUCCUCAUUGCUCCAACUCCUUCUUCCAUGCACCAACAGAACCAACCCAUUUCCUCUGACCUUCCCCUGCCUUCAUCCACCACCCUUGGUGUUGGCCUUGGCAUUUUCCCUCUUCUCACUGCCACCCCAUGUGCUCCACAUGCACCUACAACAGCUGAGGUUAAUUCUGACAGUUCACAUUUUUGGGGCCUCAGGAGAUGCCAAGAAUUGAACCCUUCUAAGCAAGACAUGCUGAAUUUUGGCAACCAUGGUGCUCAACAUGAACAGGUUGUGGAAUGUGAAGGUCAUAAUAAUAAUAAUGAAAAUGAAGGUGGUGGUGGUGGUGGUGAGAGUUCUAAGAUGAAGGCUUGCAAGGACUGUGGAAACAAGGCAAAGAAGGGUUGUGAGUACGGGAGGUGCAGGACUUGUUGCAGAGGACGCGGCUAUGACUGCUCUACUCACGUGAAGAGCACCUGGGUCCCCGCGGCGAGGCGGCGAGAGCGGCAGAUGGGGGUGACGGUUGCUGUUCCUGGUGUUGGUGGUGGUGGUGGUGGUGAAGGUUCUUCUGGGUCUUCUUCUGUUGCCAAAAGACCAAGAGUUGUGGUGCCAUCACAGAAUGCAAAUGCUAAUAUCAAACAGUCGUUACCAGAUAAAGUUCGUGCACCAGCAGUUUUCAGGUGCCACAGAGUCACUGCCAUCAGUAAUGGUGCAGCUGAGUUAGCCUAUCAAGCGACGGUGAAAAUUAGCGGGCAUGUAUUCCAGGGGUUGCUUUAUGAUCACGGGGUUGAUAAGGACAAUGCAUUCCCAUGUAUUUCACCAUCACACUUGGAAACUGAUACAAACCAAAGGAAUGGAGACUCUGCUUCAACUCCACCUCUUCCUCCAGCAACUGCCUGUCUGACUUCCACCAGCUGAGGAUUGCUGACAGAAACCAUUUGUGCUACUCUUUGAUGCUUGAAGCACCACCAGCUACAUCCUUCAUUCUGCUACGAUUUAGUAUAAAUAUAGAAGGCACAUAUGGUUCAGAUUUGCUCAAACACCCGGCAGUCCAUUUUUUCGGCUGUUAGAACUUUGAUAGUGUUGAUAGCUUUUAUGUAAUUACCUAAAAAGAAAGUAGUUUUUAAUGUAAAUCGCCCGCCAUUUUGAUUUGGCUAUCAAACUUGCUAAUGUAAGUGUUGGAACAGGAUAGGUGUUAUCAUGUUAGAAUGUUGCAUUAUGCUGCAAUCAAUAUAUGGAUCUUUUUGUGGCACUUUCAA